AUGCCUCGACACUCGAAACCUUCUGAGCUCGCCCUGCAGAACGGCAACGGCCCACAGAACGGCGUCCAGCCUGGUCCGAACAGCAGCCCUAUGAAUCUGCAGGGGGUCGACUUGGGCUCAUUUGGAGGCGGCUUUGAGCACGACGUCGCUGCCGGCUUGACGCCUCUACCUGCCCAGCCACAGUCAUCGCCCGGCUCACCGCGCUCGGCGGCACACAACAGAGACCCCUCCAAAAACUUUUUGAGCAACUUCAAGAGCCGUAUAUCGCCGGAGCAAGAGCAGAAACAGAAGAAAGACUCGCGGCAAGGGAGUCACGAGGAUGAUGAGUGUAGGCCUGGGACCAGCAGCAUGUCGAAGAUAUACCAUCUGCGGAAGAACCCAGGGAGUACGCCGGAGUUGAGUUUGGUGGGCAGUCAGGACAAUGUCCAUAAGGAUACAACAGAUGCAAACGAGAAGCCACCGUUACCAGGCCCGCGACCGCAACCGACACCUCACCACAGCGAAGACAGCACGACCAGCGGCAAGCGAAAGGACAAUAGCAAACCGUUCCGCAUCGGCAUCACACGAUCCAAAUCAAUACGAAGAGACUCAGACUCAAAGACCAGACCCAAGACCAACGGCAAAGACUCGUUCGAACAGCAAGCACCUCCCAACACCGCACCACUGCAGUCAGAUUGGCCCGGGUCGGAGUCAAGAAUGUUGGGCAAGAAUCAAGAGAAGGACAAACGCGGCAAGUCCGCCGAGCGCGCACCAGCCAGCGACAGCCAGGAGAACUUGGCUCGGCCAGGCAGAGAUCACAAGCCCAACGCUUUCAAGGCGGGCGGCAAGAACGCCCUGUCCAAGGCCAGGACUGGCGGCGGCAACCUGUUGAACCGCCUCGGCAAGAUUGGUCGUAGCACCAGCAGCAACGAGAAAGAGAUCCCAGACCAUGAGUACCAGUUCAAAGUCAUCAACCAACCAUUGGUCGAGCAGACUCGCAUGACUCGAAUCAGCAAGGAGCUUUCUGGCUGUCGCGACAAGACUGAGUAUUGGAUGCCAGCUCUACCAUGGCGGUGCAUUGACUUCUUGAAUUCCAACUGCGAACAGGAAGGCCUGUACCGCGUUCCUGGCAGCGGCUUUCAUGUCAAGACUUGGCAACGCCGCUUCGACACCGAGCUCGACAUCGACCUCCUGUCCACCGAAGUCCUCGACCCGAACGAGAUUGCCAGUGUGCUCAAAGCAUGGCUGCGAGAGCUACCCACCGAAAUCAUGCCACAGAGCUUGCAGAGGGAGCUGGCAAUAGAGAUGGAGAAGGUGAACCCAAAGUUCAAGAAUGUCGGCGAAUCGGCACCGCAAGUACUUCGAGACGCACUCUCUGACCUGCCGCCGUUCAACUACUACCUGCUCUUCGCCAUCACUUGCCACCUCUCCCUCCUGCUCACCAACAAGGACAAGAACAAGAUGGAUCUCCACAAUCUGGCAGUCUGUGUUCAACCUUGCCUGUACCUCGAUCGCUGGCUGUUCAACUAUCUUGUCGGUGACUGGCGGCACUGCUGGCAGGGAUGCUACACGGAGAAGGAGUACCUCAAAGUCGAGGAGAGAGUGGAGGCUGGACUCGAUCCAGAAGUGCAUUCCGAGUCUGAGCUUGGCGACGAGCGGUCCUUGUCCUCUACCGCCUGGGCUACGACGAUCGACGAUGGCAGAUCGGAGGCUGUAUCCGUCGACGACCGCGCCAUCAGCAGCGGCACUGGAAGCACAGCCAGCAAGCCAACUACGAGCUCACGCGACAACGCGGAGAACUUUCAGUCAGACAGCAAGAAGCCCAUGAACUACAUGGCACCCGGCGCGAAAGUCUACUCGAACGGCGCAGUCGGUCUUGGCAUCAACGAGGAGCCUAAGCGCCCACGCACGGCCGACCAACGCAACGCUCCUGAGGAAGGCAUGAAGGGUGGCCAGACCAAGAGCCGCUCCAACAGCACCACGCCCAAGGUUGGACACAACCGCAGCCGAAGCGACCUGCCAGCCACGCCUGUCAAGACCCAUGCGAACGCUGACUGGUCCAAUCCCGUGCGUCCAUCUUGA